CUGUACUUUUUUUCUUUUCUUUUAGUUUAAGUAGUUUGGUUAAUAAGGAGUAAGACCUGAUUAUGUUUGUGGUUUUGGCAAUACCCCCUUCUGAUUUUGAUACCCCUCUUUUUGCCUAAUUUGUAAAUAAACGAUUUUCUUUAAUGAGAUAACUAUGUGGUUUUGUUCAAUGAGAGAUGGGUGGCUUCAUUUCACCACCAUCCAUUUUUGCUGUUUCAUUCCUCCCCUAGACCAGUCAGGAAAACAUAACAAGAUGUUUCUGAACACGUCUCAUCUCUUUCAGAUUGUGUGGAUCACUGUGGCAUCUCCGCGGCUCUGGUUCGUCUGGUUCUGUCUGGUCUGGUGGGAAUCACCGCUGUUGGAUUUCUUAUUGAACAUCUGAUGCUCUGCUCAUCUCAGAGAAGAGCUGCUGCUUCUGUGUGAUGGUGAUACUUCUGUGAGAUUCUGGAUCUGGUGACCGGUGGAUGGGACGAGUUAAAGACAGUGAUGGAGAGAGAGGCUCUGACUUUGCAAACAGGAAUAUCUGAACUCAGAGGAGAUGAUGAGACCAUGUGGCUCUUUACAGUCGGCAGCCAAACCACCCGAAUAGCACAGAUGUACCGUAGUAAAGUAUGGCUUCAUAAGAGACUGUCUGACCGACUGCAGCUUGACCAGCAGACAGGAUCACUGACCAUCAGGAACAUCAGCGUCAGUGAAUCUGGACUUUAUACGCUCGCUCUCACCAUCAAUGAUUUAAUCUCUAGGAAAACAUUCAGAGUCGAUGUAUAUGCACCGGUUUCUGUUCCAGUCAUUAGUGGUGGCUUAUUGGUCAAUGCAAACCAUGUUAAUGAAUUUCAGAAUAGAGAUUUCUGCUCUGUGUUCUGCUCGGUGAAGAAUGAUCGAGACGUGUCUAUCUCGUGGUAUAAAGGAGGUGAAAUAGUGAAUCAGAACAGCAAUCCUGAUCUCAGCAUCAACCUCAGUUUAUCAUUAGAUCUUCAUUAUAAUGAUUCAGAGACCUACAGAUGCACGGCUGUGAAUCCAGUGAGCAAUAAGAGCGUCCAUCUUCACAAGAAAGAGAUCUGCUCACCACAGGAAGCACCGGUGUCUGUGCCGGUCAUCACUGGUGGCUCUUUGGUCAGUGCAAAUCAUUCUGAAGAUUGUGUGGAUCACUGUGGCGUCUCUGAGGCUCUGGUUCGUCUGGUUCUGUCUGGUCUGGUGGGAAUCACCGCUGUUGGAUUUCUUAUUGAACAUCUGAUGCUCUGCUCAUCUCAGAGAAGAGCUGUUUCUUCUGUGUGAUGGUGAUACUUUUGUGAGACCAACCAACAUGUCAUACAGAUGGCAUACAUGGGGCUUUAAUUAUGAGUCAAGUCACCUUUAUUUGUAUAAUGCUUUAUACAGUGUUGGUUGUGUCAAUACAGCUUUAAUAACAAAA